CACGGGGCAUAGGGACACGGAGGGGACAACACAGGGGGAUGGAUGGGACAUGGGGACCUCAAGAAACGGGGUGACAUGGAGGGGACACAGGUGACAUCGAGGGACACGGGGGACAUUAAUAAACAGGGGGUGACAUGGGGGGGACACGGGUGACAUCGAGGGACACGGGGGACAUCAAUAAACAGGGGGUGACAUGGAGGGGACACGGGUGACAUCGAUGGACACCCAAGGCACGGGAACACCUGGGGACACUCAGGAUGGGCCCACCGCCAGCGAUGUCACCACACGGUGACCUGUCACACAGCGUGGGGGGGGGUUCUGGGGCCCCCACGCUCAUUAACCCCCCCACCUGAGGCGGCUGUGCCACCCCGAGCCGUGUCCCCUCCCCGAGCUGUGCCACCAUGUCCUUCACGGACAGCACCGACAGCGGCUCCGACAGACCCAUGUCCGUCCUUUGGGGGUGCGAGCUGAGCAGCGCCAGGAGCUCCUGCACCUUCCGAGUGACCGAGGAUUGGAGCUGCGAGCAGCAGCUGGUGCUGCGCACGGCGUGCCUGGGGGAGGCGGCCCGGGAUGAGUUCCACGUGCUCGAGGUGGUGGCCGAGGACGGCGACAGCCGCGCCCCGGUGCCGCUGGCCACGCUGAAACCCUCGGUGCUGCCCUCGGCCUCGCUGGCCGGAGUGGAGCUGACCCCCCCGGUGACCUUCCACCUGCGAGCCGGCUCCGGGCCCCUCUAUGUCAGUGGCCAGCACGUGUCCAUCAUGGACCUGACCUCGGAUGAGGAGGAGGAGGAGGAAGAGGAAGCAGCAGAGGAGACCCCCAAGAAGCCCACCAAGGGCUCAGGUGCCCAGAAGGGCAGCACUGCCAAGAAAAGGAAGCGGGAAAAGGAGGAGGAGCCGAACAGCCUCGCCCCCGCGGCUCCCCCCCCCGCCAAGGGACGUGGAGCCGGUCGGGGCAGGAAAGCAGCAGCCAAGAAAUGACGGGACUUGGGGAAUUCCAGGAGUUUCAUCCGGGUGCCUGGAAGCAGCAGCUGGUGCUGGUGGUGGUGUCGUUCCCAAAAUAAAGCACAUUUUGCA